GCCCGGGUCCGGACACCUCAGAGCCCUCUGAGGAUCGGAGGUACGUGUGAAAGGGGGAGUGUGUCUGGCGGAACCCGCGGCCCAGAAGAAGCGAAGCGAGGAGACACGAACCUCUCCUCAGGACCCGGCGGACAAAGGACAACGAAGAGCCCGGAGCACCAGCCGGGGAUAGGCGCCUUUCGGUGACGUAGUCCUCCCGCGUGACGCUGCGACGAGCUGGGACCUCCACGUCGUCGAUUCCGCAAAGGCCUGUGGGAGCGACCCUGGAGCAAGCGGGCCAAGAUGGCGGAGGCGGUGGAGUCUCCUGGAGACCCGGGCACAGCGUCGCCCAGGCCCCUGUUUGCAGGCCUUUCAGAUAUAUCCAUCUCACAAGACAUCCCCGUGGAAGGAGAAAUCACCAUUCCUAUGAGGUCUCGCAUGCGGGAAUUCGACAGCUCCACAUUAAAUGAAUCUGUUCAGAAUACCAUCAUGCGUGAUCUAAAAGCUGUUGGGAAAAAAUUCAUGCAUGUUUUGUACCCAAGGAAAAGCAAUACUCUUUUGAGAGAUUGGGAUUUAUGGGGCCCUUUGAUCCUUUGUGUGGCACUCGCAUUAAUGCUUCAGGGAGGCUCUGCAGACAGCGAAAAUGAUGGCGGGCCCCAGUUUGCAGAAGUAUUCGUCAUUAUCUGGUUUGGUGCAGUUACCAUCACCCUCAACUCAAAACUUCUUGGGGGAAACAUUUCUUUUUUUCAGAGCCUGUGUGUGCUGGGUUACUGUAUACUUCCCUUGACAGUGGCAAUGAUGGUUUGCCGGCUGGUACUGUUGGCCAAGCUAGGACCGAUAAAUUUCAUGGUCCGGCUUUUUGUGGUGAUCGUGAUGUUUGCCUGGUCUAUAGUAGCCUCUACAGCUUUUCUUGCUGACAGCCAGCCUCCAAACCGCAAAGCACUUGCUGUUUAUCCUGUUUUCUUAUUCUAUUUUGUCAUCAGUUGGAUGAUUCUCACCUUUACUCCUUAGUAAACCGGAAAAUGGAAAUGAAAAACCAAUGAAUUGAAAGCUCAUCUGAACAAUGCAAUUCACCAUGGAGUUUUGCCUCUGGCCCUGUUCUAAUUUUGGAGGCAUUUGGUAACUGGCUGUGUGAGGAGAUUACAAGGGAGCCAUAAGGAACUAUUGCCACUCAUGUAAGGAACUGAUGUUUGAAAGGAUGUUCUUUUCCUCUUAAUGUUAUUUCUUUAAAAUACAUGUGCAUAGUACACGCGGUGUAAUGCCUUCUUAAGGUGUGAUAGUGAUCACUGUGGUCCAUUAGGGUGACAGCCAAUGACACGGAAAGCACAUGGGUACAUCCUGUAAGUUGAAUAGAUUUGGUAACUGUAUUUCCAAUUUAAAAUACCAGUUCAGGUAUAGCUCUUAAACACAUUGCCUUAUGACUAUUAGAAUAUGCCUCUCUCAUUAGAAUAAAUAAGAAUGGAUAGUGUGUAUCCAUUUUCUUUUAUUUCUCUCCGAACUUUAAAAAGGCAAUGACAGAGGUUGCCAGGGGGUUCAUAGAUGUGGGAGGAGAGAACAUGCACUAACCAGUAUUCAGAUUUGGGUCAUAGAAAAUUCUGCACUUACUGCUUUUAAAAAAGCAAAAGACAUUUGAAGAAUCAGCUUCUUUAAUCUUUCUGUAUGGUCACCUAACUGCCGUGCUUAACAGCACUUCAGUGACACUCUAGUUUUGGUGUUACUCCCUGACUCGGGUGUGCAAGCGGCCACGUGUACUUUUCCUUUGACCAACACUCUCAGCGGUCCAGUGUUUGAACUUCUCCAAGUAGACCACCUCAGAAAUAUCGAUUGGUGGGUCCCUAAGGCAUAUUUGUCACGUGGGCACAUUCCCUUAAAGGUAGAAUGAGGUCGUUUGAAUAUAGGGUAACUAUAAGGAAUUCUUCAUUAUUCUGUAUACUAUGGCCAGUAACUAGGAAGUCAAGCUAAAUCACAACCCUGCAUCUAACCAUGCGAACAGGGAGUGAUUUAGUGUUCUCAUGGCUGAUUCCCAGCAGCUGGAUGCUUAGAGCACGAUGUAGGAUGAGGUGGCUUUCGGGCUGCCGCCUGUUCAUAGUGGGCGCAGCAGUUUCUUCAUUAGAUGUUCUUGGGUCGGGGAAUAGCAAUUUAUUGUCUUGGUUCUACACUUGAUUUGCAAAGCUAAUUAGCUGUCCUUUAGACAAGUACUUUUUUGCACAUGUGCACCUACUUGUAUUCUCAGCUAUUUAUGCACAUAAGUGUGUAGGCUUUUCAGGGAGAGAAGUGUCUGGGGCAGGCUGACUCUGAGCUCAGCAGGGCUCCUGUAAUGUGGUAUGAGCUGCUGCCUUCUAUAAGUUGCACAUUGAAGAACUCUUAAUAGGCAAAGACUAGCAGUCAGGCAGGAAACAUUUAUUGUAAAUAUACGUGUACUUAGAAAGAUAGGAAUUUCUUAUUCCACAAUUUUGCUUUGUCAUAGAAUUUAAAUAUUUAUUCAGUUUGUAUUUAAAGACUACCUACACAUAGAUCUAUAAUUUUAAAAACACACUGUCUGCAUCCCCGGAUUAACCGAGUGAACAGUACUUGGACAGUUGUGUUUUUAGAAUGGUAUUCAACUACAAAAGCAUUACAAAGUUGGCCCCCUCUGUCCCAGCCUUGGCCAAAGUUUUCAGUUAUAUAUUUUUAUUUCCAAUUCCCUUUUAGAUUUUAAAAUAAACUGUGUGAAGACUAAGCCACUGCUUUAGUCUCGAAUUGGUAAAGAAAAUAUUUUGAAACUGGUCCUAAUUUUGAAACUAGUCCUAGAGUAUCAUCCAUAUCCAUUGUCUGAAAUUUUCCAAUAGUGAGUAAAAAGAUCUUCCAAAGUUGGUGUAUAAUCUGUCCCAGUGAUUAUAAUGUACAAUUAAAGAAAUAACCAUGCUUCUCAAAAGGGAAGUGUUUACUGAAUUUUAUGCAGGCGAUAUACUUGGUCAGAAAUUCCUAAGGUCACAACUCCAAGGGGAGUUUGAGUGUGCAUGUCUGGGAGCGCAUUAUACAUAGUGGGUAUGAAGGCAGCUUGUUCUGUGUAUUGAUCUGUUGCUCUUGUAUGACUUAGGGAAUGGUUUUACUUGAUUUAAAUGAAGGCGGUAAAUGGAAAUUGAAUGAUCUUUUCGAGAACUUGUAGUCAGUUUGAGGGUGUACAUGUUUUCUCAUUAUAUGCAACAAGUGCAUUGCCUUCUGUGACAGAAGACCUGAGUACAUGGAAGCCGUAACCCUCAACACAGCUAUCCCUGAUUUGCUGCAAAGGCACAUGGCUUAUUAUAGAACGGAGGACUAGAAGGGACGGGGACUCCAACAAAGGCAGCCCUGUUCCAGGAACUGGGAAGUUUCAUACUUCAGAUGAAAUUCAAGCAUGCGGGCAUCAUUGCUGAAUGCGGUGCAUCACUGCCAUCGUGGCUUAUCACUUGCUGCUCCUACUUCUGAGAUUGAGACUCCUUUGUUAUAUUCUUUAGCAAUAGGAAAGGUGAAGAGUGGAUUUAAUCUCUGUUCAGAUUAUAAAAACUCAAUGGCGAACAUAUUUGAAUAUGCAGUGUAGUUUUAUGAGUCAGUCAUUCAUUGUGAAGUUUUUUACCUCGUAAGAGGCUUAUAAUAUGGGUUGAAUUGGGUUUUUUCAUUGUGUUGGGGUUUUCUGUUGUUGGACAAGGUGGGGGUCACAGGGCACAGGACCAGACGCAUUUUACUGUUGACUACAUUUGUCUUUUUAUAAAGUGCCCCUAAAAUGUGAUUAGAAGGCUAGCAAGCCAGUAUUUGUGAAGACUUAACUAUGUACUUUAUAUAUUCUCUUUACCUGGACUUCCUGUUUACUCCUAGAGAGCAAAAUGAAAACUUUCUGUCAUUUCAGAAUUUUGAGUAACAUCAAGUCAUUGGGAUUUAUCUAAAACCUACGAUGAUAUGCUCAGAUGUCCACUGCAUGCAGCUGUAGUAUUCCAGAGCAAAAUACUGAAAUUGUGAUUCUCAGACUGUUACUUUCUGAGGCAGUUUAGAUGUGUGAAUGUUAAUCCAUGUAUGUAAACUAGAAAUACUUUUUUAGAUUCUGUGGACUUUUAUUAAAAAUAAAGAAUUUUUAGGGAUUUACUUAGGCCAUAGAUGGCCGACUAAUAAUGACAACAAUAUUACUACUAAUAAUAGCUGACAUUUAUUGGGCACUUACUGUGUGCCAGGCACUAUUCUAUUUUUUUAAGAAUUUUUUAUAGCUUUAUUGAGAUACCUUAACCAUAAAAUUCACCCUUUUAAAGCGAUGUACAAGUCAGUGAUUUUUUUUUCCAGUAUAGUCACAUAAUUGUGCAGCCAUCACCACAAUCUCACUUAAGAACACUUUUAUCACUCCACAAAGAAACCCCCUACCCAUUAGCAGUCAUUCCCUGUUCCCCUUCUCCCAAGCCCCUGGCAACCAGCAGUCUGCUUUCUGGCUCUGUUGAUUUGGCCGGGCACUAUUCUGAAGUGCUUUUCAUGCAUCUCUAAUCCUCAACAUAAAGCGCUACAAUUCUCAUCUUACAAGUAGAAAAUUGAGGCACAGAAAAGUUAAUAAGUAAAUUCCCCAAGGUCCUGUAGUCAAUUGGUUUAAAAUAGGAAAAACACAUUAGGAUGAGAGCAUAGUAGGGCACAAUUUUGAGUUGCAUUAUUACGUGCAUGAAACGAAUACACCACCUCCCCAGGGCAAGUUCCCUGUUAAUAGCCAUUACAACUGAACAUAGACAACACUCAGUCUUUCUCCCUGAGUGUAAUAGAACACUAUAUUAGCAGCAUCAGAGGAACAAGAGCAGUGUACAUUGGGAGCGUUGGCUUUGACGCCCUCAUCCCUCCUUCCAACCCCUUUUCUCUCCCCUCCACUUCCACCUCCACACACAUAUACCCCUCCCCUUUUUCUUUUAAAGUCUCAAGGAUAAAAUAACUUCUGUCUCUUCUUAAUUCUCCCAGAAGGAUCAUUAAUGUAUCAAAAUUUAACUUGCCUUUUCAGGUGUUUAUAGUCCAGGGAUGCAUCUGGUUGCUUACGGUAGCGGUUAUAUUCCUAAGGCCUCAGCAGUUGUGUGAGAAUAGAAUGCCUUUUUAUUUGGGUUAAACUAGGUGGGGGGAAGAAAUAACAGAGUAAAGGCUUUGCCUUAAGGAAGUCAGGGUUCCUGCCUGGUAGGAAUUGGCCACACACUGCUCUUGUCCGCUCUGUUCAUUUUUUUUUUUUUUGCCUUUAUACUGUGCGCCAUCCCUGCUGGUAAUUUUUUGGAACCCUCCAAUGCUCCAUUUUAAUCCUGAUCUUCCCUGUAAAUAAUGAAUCUGUGAAAAGAGUAAAUCUGUAAAAUUAUUUGUGAAUGUUAAAUGUGCAAAUAAAAAACAGUAGAAAGGGA